ACAAAACCCCGUCAAACAUUACCCAAAACCCAAAGCCAGCAGCCAUGCUCCGCCGCCUCCUACUCGCCCAUGCUCGCCGGCGGCGCCACUACUCCUCCUCCUUCUCCUCGGCCUUGCCUCUCGCCUCGCCGACCUUCGCCGUAUUCGGCGCCAACACCGGCGUCGGCAAGACCCUCGUCUCCGCGGGCCUCGCCGCCUCCCUCCUCCGCUCCCCCACCGCCUCCCCCUCCGCCGUCCUCUACCUCAAGCCGCUCCAGACCGGCUUCCCCGCCGACUCCGAUGCCGGAUUCCUGUUCCGCAGGGUCCCCGCGCUCCUCCGCCCCUCCACCGCUGCGCGCCUCGUCGCCUCCCUCGACACGCUCUCAUGUUCCCCAUCCUUGGAACCCCCGCCCCCUUCCCCCGAGGAGGCGGCCUUUUCCUACGCUGGGGAGGGAGAGACGGUCAGGAAGAUUCUGACUUGCAGGACGCUGUACGCGUGGCGGGAGGCUGUGUCGCCGCACCUGGCGGUGGAGAGGGAAGGGAUGGCUGUGGAGGACGCGCAUGUGCGGUCACGCCUGGCGGCGUGCCUUGUCGAGGGGGAGGAUUUGGGGGAGGGGGAGGGAGAGGUGUGGAAGCUGAUCGAAACCGCUGGUGGCGUGGCCAGCCCAGGCCCGUCAGGCACGCUGCAGUGCGAUCUCUACCGGCCCUUUAGGUUGCCUACUAUUCUUGUUGGAGAUGGUCGUCUUGGUGGCAUUUCAUCCACUUUAUCUGCAUAUGAAACUCUGUUGCUCAGAGGGUAUGAUAUUAGUGCAGUAAUUUUGGAGGAUCGCGGUUUGUCAAAUGACAUGUUCUUGCUUUCUUACUUGAGAAAUAGGGUACCUGUGCUUGUCUUGCCACCUAUUCCAGAAGAUCCAUCAGAUGACCUGACUGAUUGGCUUUCUGAAUCCUCUUCAGUUUUUGGUUUGCUUAAAGAUGCCCUGCAAUCUUUUCAUUCAAGAAGAAUUCAGAGGUUAAAUAGUAUGCAAAGAAAAUCAAAGGAUUUACUGUGGUGGCCCUUCACUCAGCACAAUCUUGUCCCUGUAGAUUCUGUUACAGUAAUUGAUUCACGUUGUGGUGAGAGUUUCUCAACAUACAAGGUUAAAGACAACAAGAUGAUGAUGAUCCCUCAGUUUGAUGCAUGUGCAAGUUGGUGGACUCAAGGACCUGAUUCUAACUUGCAGAUGGAACUUGCAAGAGAUAUGGGUUAUGCUGCUGGUAGGUAUGGCCAUGUGAUGUUUCCAGAGAAUGCUCAUGAGCCGGCUCUUCGUUGUGCUGAACUUUUGCUUGGUGGAGUUGGUAAAGAUUGGGCUUCCAGAGUUUAUUAUUCGGAUAAUGGAUCAACUGCAAUUGAAAUAGCUCUGAAGAUGGCAUUUCGUAAGUUUUCAUUUGAUCAUGGAAUUCUGCUGGACAGUGACAAGAGCAUGACCAAUGAAAGAAAUAUUCAGUUAAAGGUUCUCGCUCUACAAGGUUCAUAUCAUGGUGAUACUCUGGGUGCGAUGGAAGCUCAAGCUCCAUCAGCCUAUACAUCUUUUCUUCAGCAGCCAUGGUAUUCUGGCCGAGGACUUUUUCUAGAUCCUCCAACAGUGUUCAUUAGAAACGAGACCUGCUGUCUUUCUUUGCCCCAGUCGAUACAGCAUGGUCAUCUGAGCCCUGGUGAUAAAUGCAUUCCUUCACUAGCUGAAGUCUUUUGCAAUACUAGGGACUCAUCCUAUGCAGCUGAUUUAUAUUCAACCUACAUAUCACAACAACUAUCAGAAUACUCCCUGUCAAGUAACACAGAGCAUGUUGCAGCACUUAUUAUAGAACCAGUAAUACAAGGUGCUGGGGGAAUGCACAUGAUAGAUCCACUCUUCCAGCGAUUACUUGUUAAGGAGUGUAGAAAUCGAAAAAUUCCUGUCAUAUUUGAUGAGGUAUUCACAGGGUUCUGGCGUCUUGGUGUGGAGUCUGCUUCAGAGUUGCUUGGCUGCUUACCAGAUAUUGCCUGCUAUGCUAAAUUGAUGACUGGUGGGAUAGUGCCAUUAGCUGCAACGGUAACAACAGAAGGAGUUUUUGAGGCCUUUAAAAGUGACUCUAAGCUUACAGCACUCUUACAUGGUCAUUCCUAUACUGCUCAUGCCAUGGGCUGUUCUGCAGCAGUAAAAGCUAUCCAAUGGUUUCGAGAUCCAUCCACAAAUUUAAAUCUUGAUCUUGAUCGUAAGAGGCUCAAGGAGCUAUGGGAUGGCACACUUGUGAACCAAUUGUCAUCGCUACCAAAUGUGUCAAGAGUAGUCUCCUUGGGAACUCUCUGUGCCAUUGAGCUCAAGGCUGAGGGAUCUGAUGCUGGGUACGCUUCAUUGUACGCGAGAUGCCUGAUCCAACAACUUCGUGAAGAGGAUGAUCUCUAUGUAAGGCCACUGGGUAAUGUGAUAUACCUUAUGUGCGGUCCCUGCACAGCUCGAGAUAGCUGCACUGAACAACUCUCCAAAGUGUACCGCAGAAUCAGCAGCUUCAACCCAGUCCAUUGAGGAUAGCUGUGAGCAGACAAUGUGCAUGCUGUAGCAGAAAGCUAGAGGCUUUCUGGAGAUGUAGGCCGGUCAGACUGGAUCACAUUUACAACGAUUUUUUAUUACGAUCAUGUGGAAGUUGGAACAGCUUGUAGUGCAUGCAGGCUUAAACUUGUGGUGAUGAAGCGUUCGCAAUUGUGCAUGUUGGUUCGUCAGUACGAUGCAAUAUGGGGCAUCAAAGCUUGUCUGGGAAUGUCACUCCUUGGGUAUAUUGGGCGAUCGUGCCACUUUUCGUCACGGUUGCAGCAGAGAUAGAAGGUUUGGUCUUUUGGUUUUAUCA